AUGCUAGAGAAGCCUUUCAAAGCAAAAGGAAAGCACAGUUCUCUUCAUUUAGCCUGUAACCAACAAAAGAGAGGCCAUGUUCUGAAGAAAAUAAUCAAUCUCUAUGCAAGAUAUGGCUUUAAAGCCGAGCACAACAUGUCCACAAUUGCUUGGCUACUUGACGAUGGCGGGGAAUUUGCCGAUCCAAAAGAACCUCUUAUAGACUUCUACGACGAAGAUAGCUUUGAUUCCGCCAUAAGCAAUUCAACAAAAAGCGUCGACGAGGAGCUGAAAUUCUGCGACUUGGCAGCGUCAUCGACUUUGGACUGUUACGACGACGUCGUGAAAAAAUCAUCUUUGAACGGACUCUUCAAUUUGUUGGAACAAGUUUUGAUUGCCGAGAUAUUCCAGGAAAUCAUCUCGUGUCUUGAGGAAUUCCUCUUACGCGCUCGGAUUGAAGAACAGCUGCUCGAAAUCGCGGACGGAAGGCGCGAGCUUGAUGAAAGUGGUCGUCAGCUUGAGCGAACAAAACCUCGGCCAAGAGCUGCUCCAGAGAUCGGAAAUGACGCUGGAAUGGACUGA